UUUUCACAAACACUAAAAGAAGCUGUAAAAUUGCAAAUAUUGCAUGUAAAUGUGCACAUAAGCUUGGAAUCUGAAGCUUCUAUGAAUUGUUUCAAUUUUUGAGAAGAAAUGAAUGGUAGCAGCUUAAUUUCAAGAACACUGAAGCUAAAGAAUCCAAAACUAUUGCUGCUAGAAUCAUGUUCUACUUUAUCCCACUUAAAAAUCAUUCAUGCCCAUAUGAUUAGAACCCAUACAAUCUUUGAUGUAUUUUCAGCUAGUAGAUUAAUCUCCAACACCAUAGACAAGAAUUUUCUUGAUUAUGCAUUGCAACUCUUUUACCAAAUCCAAAACCCUAAUCUUUUCAUUUUCAAUGCGUUUAUCAGGGGGUUUUCUGAAAGCAAAAACCCAGUUCAGUCUGUCUAUUUUUAUGUCCAAUCACAAAGAUUAGCUAUUUUUCCUGAUAAUCUUACGUACCCAUUUUUAGUUAAGGCGUGUACUCAAUUGGGUUGUUUAGAUAUGGGUGUUCAAGCUCAUGGACGUGUAAUUAGACAUGGAUUUGAGAGUGAUGUUUAUGUGCAGAACUCACUGUUGAAUAUGUAUUCUACAUUUGGGAAUAUUGAAGCUGCAAGCUAUAUUUUCCGGACAAUAUCUGAGUUAGAUGUUGUUUCUUGGACUUCAAUGAUAGCAGGUUAUAAUAAAUCGGGUGAUGUUGAGUCAGCGCGCGAACUGUUCGAUAAAAUGCCUGAGAGGAACUUGGUUACUUGGAGUACUAUGAUUAGUGGCUAUGCUAAGAAUGAUUUGUUUGAUAAGGCAGUUGAAUUGUUUGAUGUUCUUAAAUCUCGAGGGAUUCGAGCAAAUGAAACGGUUAUGGUUAGUGUAAUAUCUUCGUAUGCUCAUUUAGGUACUCUUGAAUUGGGAGAAAAAGCACAUGAUUAUGUAGUUAGGAAUAAGAUUACUGUUAAUUUGAUUUUGGGGACUGCUCUGGUAGAUAUGUAUGCACGAUGUGGAAGUAUUGAUAAAGCUGUUCGGGUUUUCGAGGAACUUGUCGAGAAGGAUGCCUUAAGUUGGACAGCGCUUAUCGCUGGACUUGCUAUGCAUGGUCAUGCUGAAAAAGCGCUUCAGUAUUUCUCGGAUAUGGUAAAAACAGGGUUAAUCCCAAGAGAUGUAACAUUUACGGCAGUUUUAUCGGCCUGCAGUCACCGGGGAUUGGUCAAAAGAGGGAUGGAGAUAUUUGAAUCCAUUAAACGAGACUACUGUAUUGAGCCUAGGUUGGAACACUAUGGGUGCAUGGUUGAUCUGCUAGGCCGAGCAGGAAAGUUAGCAGAAGCGGAGAAGUUUAUUCUUGAAAUGCCUGUGAAGCCUAAUGCACCAAUUUGGGGAGCUUUGCUUGGAGCUUGUCGGAUAUACAAAAAUGCAGAAGUUGCAGAAAGAGUCGGAAAGAUUUUAAUCGAGUUGCAGCCGGAACACAGCGGCUACUAUGUACUGCUUUCGAACAUUUAUGCUCGGACAAAUAAAUGGGAAAAUGUCGAAAACAUGAGGCAGGUGAUGAAGGGAAGGGGAGUAAAGAAACCGCCGGGAUACAGUCUGAUUGAAAUGGACGGAAAAGUUCAUAAUUUCACAAUAGGGGAUAAAACGCACUCAGAAAUUGAGAACAUCGAGAAAAUGUGGGAAGAAAUUCUCGGUAAAAUAAAACUAGAAGGAUAUACCGGAAAUACAGCCGAUGCAAUGUUUGAUAUAGAUGAAGAGGAAAAAGAAAAUGCAGUGCACAGGCACAGCGAGAAGCUAGCUAUAGCAUAUGGGAUCAUGAAGACUAAAGCUCAUACACCUAUUCGGAUAGUGAAAAACUUGAGGGUUUGCGAAGAUUGCCACACAGCUACAAAGCUGAUUUCUAAGGUUUAUGAAAGAGAGUUGAUUGUAAGAGACAGGAACAGAUUUCAUCAUUUUGUAGGUGGUUCCUGCUCUUGCAUGGACUACUGGUAAUAAAGUGCAAGUAGCAAGUAGCAACCCGAAGCCAAAUUCGAACUCAUCGACUAAUCGUCUUAACUGAAUCAAGCAAGCUAGCAAAGCUAUCAUACACAAUCAAAGUAUUACUGCCAAUCAUUCAACGUAAUUAUCCCCUACAAGGACACAACUCAGAUUUU